AUGGAGGCCUUAUUUCAAAGAAAACAUAAUCAAUUGUCUGUAGAAGAAAGACAAAUGAUCGAUUAUUAUAAAAAAGAAAUUACCCAACGUAUUACACAUGUUAUGGACUGUGAAGCGUAUACAAACAAAAAGAAAACAUUUCUUCGAGAGAUAUCUGUUUACAGAGUUAAAACUGGCGAAUGUUCAUCGUUUCAGGUGUAUAUGCCGUUUGUACCGUUUAAUGAAAGGAAUUAUACAAUACGUUAUCAAAUUAAUAAAGUGCAUGGUUUACCAAUUAUUAACACGCGAUUGACAGAUGAUUUUUAUACAUUGGAAGAGUCGAUGGAUUUUUUAACAGAUGAGUUUAUGCGUAAUGCAGAUUUAGUUGCUUAUAAGGGUGGCGAUAUUGAACGUAAUUUGUUAAAUAAUAUGGGUGUACGAUGUAUUAAUCUUGAGGUAUUGUCAUGUCCAAAGUAUGCUAAUUUACUGACCAAAUAUGGCCAUAGACAAGAAUGUUGUCAGUAUCACCUAGGAGAUUAUUUUCAUUGUUCAAAACAUGAAGUGAAAGUAUUUGCACAUUUUGUACAGACGAUUUUAAAAGAAGCAUCAGUUUAA